AUGGCCCCUCGGAAACGCAAGACCGCAGCGAUCCCAAGCAGCGAUGAUGGCACCACACAACAACCGAGCAAACGCGAAAAGCUGGACCUGUCACGUCCGCAUCCCAAUGCGCAACAGGCCGAGAACUUUGGCAUCGUGCUGCGAGAAUUCUAUCCGCCGGAAAUGAGCAACGAGCGGUGCCAGGCCUACAACGAUGGAAGGCUGGAACGACCGAUCGAGACGCUCCAGCGGGCCUACGAGGAGACCGCCGACCAGCGUAGGGCCAUCGGGGCCAACAGUGCAGUGGUGUUCUGGUUCAAGUCUGAUCUUCGACUCUACGACAAUCGCGCCUUGCGAAUGGCAUACGAGACCGCCAAGGGAUGUAAUAUCCCGCUGAUCGGGUUGUAUAUUCUGUCGCCGCAGGAUUUGACGGCUCAUCUGUUGAGUCCGGCCCGGGUGGAUCUGAUCCUGCGUACUCUCCAUCAAUUAAAGCGCGAUCUGAGCGAGCUGGAUAUCCCCCUGUACAUGGAGACGCAGGAAAUCCGCAAAAAUAUACCGCAACGCAUCGUGGAUCUGUGUCAGCAGUGGGGAGCAAACCAUCUCUACGCAAACCUCGAAUAUGAGGUGGACGAGUUGCGACGCGAGGCGAAGCUGGUGAGGCUGUGUGCGAAGAACGGAAUCAAGUUCGAGACCGCCCAUGAUGCAUGCGUCGUUCCCCCCGGGCAGGUGACCAGUCAGCAGGGUAAACAGUACGCAGUGUAUAGUCCCUGGUACCGCACGUGGGUCGCUUAUCUGAACGAGAAUCCCGGCUGUCUGGAAGUGUCGGAGGAGCCGGGAUCGAAUCCGGGGGAUGCGCGAAAGUACUUUAAAGAAUUAUUCGAGAGUGAGGUUCCAGCCGCACCGGAGCACAAGCAGCUGUCGGAGGAGGAAAAGCAGCACCUUGGUCACCUAUAUCCGGCAGGCGAACAUGAGGCGCUGCGCCGUUUGGAGGCAUUCCUGGAAGAGAAAGGGAGGGACUAUGCGGAGGAGCGAAACAUGGUGUCUGGCCAGACGACCUCGAUCCUCAGUCCAUACUUCGCAUCGGGCUUGCUCAGCGCCAGGACGGCAAUCGAGCACGCGCGUAGAGCUAACAAGGGUUCCCUGCAGCAUGGGGAUCCUGGUCUGGUUCGCUGGAUUGGUGAGGUGGCCUGGCGAGAAUUCUACAGACAUGUCCUUGUGCAUUGGCCAUUCAUCUGCAUGAACAAAUGCUUCAAACCCGAAUUCACCAAUCUGGAAUGGGAGUAUGAGGAGGACAGGUUCACCGCGUGGCGCGAAGGGAAAACAGGCUUCCCCAUAGUGGACGCCGCCAUGCGACAGGCAAAACAGGACAAAUGGAUGCACAACCGGACGCGUAUGAUUGUUGCGUCUUUUCUGUCGAAGGAUCUGCUUCUCGACUGGCGCCGUGGCGAGCGAUACUUUAUGGAGACUCUCAUUGAUGGGGACUUUGCGUCCAACCAUGGCGGGUGGGGGUUCGGAUCGAGUACCGGGGUGGAUCCUCAGCCGUACUUUCGAAUCUUCAAUCCACUCCUUCAGAGCGAACGGUUCGAUCCAGAUGGAGAGUAUAUACGAAAAUGGGUGCCCGAGCUGCGAGAUAUCCAAGGCGCGGCGAUACAUGAGCCCUACGCACGAGGAGGGGGGGCUAUUGCAGCGAAGAAUGGGUAUCCCCGCCCCAUGCUGAAUCACUCUCAGAGUAGGGACCUGGCAUUGCAUCGAUAUAAACGAGCUAGUGAGAGUGGACGAUGA